AUGGAUGAAUCCAUAGAAAACACAAAGCCAGUCACUAUAACGCAAGAAAAUCCCGUAGAACAACAUUCCAUUGAUAAUGAAAGCAAUAACACCACCAACACAACCACCAAUAACAAUAGCAACCCACAAUCAACAACCAUCGUUGAUGAGAAGGAGGAGGAGAAGACGAAGGGUGACAACAAUGGUCUGUUUGAAAUGCACACAGAUGGAGAAAUUACAACGAUGCCAUCCCAGCCAAUUAAUGCCAUAAAUGUGACGAGCAAUGCAAAUUUAUCAAAAACGCAAGAUAAGAAUGUGGAAGAUAAUAAAACAAUAAUUGAAAAUAGUGAUAAUUUAAAGUUGGAGAAGGGGGAAUCAUUGGAUAUUAGAAGAGCAACAACUAAUGUAACAACGUCACCAACAAAAACGAAUGAUGCUGAAAUUGUCACAAUAACAAAUACCCCAACCAAAACAAAUGAUUCCACACACAGUUCACCCUCCUCAUCAUCCAUACGUUAUAUGGAUCUUGUGGAAAAGGCCGCUGAUGUUGUUGAACUUCAACGAGCAACUCCACCAUCAUCGCAACAACAACAACAGCCGCCGCAGCACCAACAACCAUCCACUGAAGAACUCAAUAAAUUAAAAGAAUUUGAAAUCAAGUUACAACAACAACAGCAACAAUUGGAACAGUUACAAGCAGCAUUGACCCAAAAAGAUAACAUGAUAUCUUUGUUCCAAAGGGAAAAUGCGAUAUUGGAGAAAGAAAAAGAAGCGUUUCGACGUGAAAAGGAUUUGGCCAAUAAGGCCAGGGAAUCCACGGUUAUACAAUUUGCCAUGAAGGAGAAAAAUGUUAUCGAUGCUAAAAAAGAAAAGGAGGCCAUAGAGAAACAAUUGGCCGAUGCUAAGAAAGAAAUUAAAAAUUAUAGCAACAAAUUUCAGGCUCUAAAUGAAGAGAAAUCUCGGAUAGCUUAUCUAAUGGAUGAAAAGUGUAACGAAGUACGAAAAUACCAAAGAGAAUGUGAAAAAUUAAAAACCGAUUAUGGUCAUUUGGAAUCCAAACUUAAGUAUCACAUGAAUAAAUUAAAUAUGGAGACAGAGGCAAAAUUGGCCUUGGAACGUAAAUUGGAAGAGGAACGCAAUGCCCCCAAUAAACUGGAAGAAAAGGCCAAUGAAAAAUUAAAAAUUGAAUUUGAAGCCCAAACCAUAUUGCUAAAACAUGAAAUUGCCAGUAAGACUGAACAUUUGGAUAAACUCUCCAAGGAAACUGAAUCACAAAAGGAAAUUAUAAAACAAUUGCAAGACCAGUUAAAACAAGAGACUCAAGAGAAAUCCCAAUUAUCCGAGGCCUAUAAUCAUCUCCAAGAAGAACACAAUCAAAUACAAAAUUCCUAUAGUGAAGAAAUGUUACAAUCGGCAAAAUUACGUGGCCAAUUGGAAGAGUUACAAGUUCUGAAAACUCAAAAUACUUUAAAUGAAGAAAAAAUUGCAAAUUUAACUGCCGAACUAAGUGAAGCCAAGCAACGUUUGCUGGAUAAUGAACAGGACUUGAAAUUGCUGCAUGAUAAGGAAAAGGAAUUGUUAAGCUUUAAUAUGGAAAUGAGUGGCAGCAUUGUGGAUAUGCAAAAUCAAAUUUGCUUGCUAAAAGCCAAGGCCCAAGGAAUUGAAGCUGAAAAUCAAUUGUUAAAAAAAGAAAAAUCCUCCUAUGAUGACAAAUAUUUGGCACUCGAGGAACAACUGAAAUUGGAACAAUCUCAAAAGAACGAAGAACGUUUAUUGCUUGCCAAGCAUUUGUCGGAGAAGACGAAGCUCUAUGAAAAUACCAAAUUAAAAUUGGAAAAUGUUCAGGGUGAUUUUGAGGCGACAAAAAAUAAACAUAAUACCAUUGUAAAAGAACUGCAAAGAGAAAUAAUGAAAUUGAAAAAAUCUGCCGAACAACAAGGUGAUACACCGCAGAGCUAUAUAUGUUGCCGAUGUCAACAGACACCGGCGUCACAAAAUAAUGGUUAUCACAAAAAUUCCUCGGACGAUAGGUUAGUGGCGGAAACAACAAAAAGGCCACAUAGUCGCCAGAGCAGUAUCAGUACAACAGUGCAAAGUGUUAGUUCCACGGCGGGUAGUAGAAGGGGAAGUGCAUCUUCGGAAUCCGACACAGUAACCGGCAGGGAAUUAGACUUUAAAGAUGAAAACAAGGGACCUUCCAAGAAACAUUUAGUCGAACGCAUUUUACGUCUGCAACAAGCUUCCGCCCGACAAGCUGAAAAAAUUGAUUUUCUCGAACAGCAUAGCCUUUCACUGGUUGCAGAGCUGCAAAAGAAAUCCAAAGUCGUCCAACAUUAUAUGCUUAGGGAACAGGCAGGAGCCUUAACCUCCUCGAAGAGUGAUCAAAAUAAAAGUGAACUAGCUAAAUAUGGUAAUGGUGUUAUGUCCGCCAUUUAUGGUGGCAUUAAGGGUGUCGAAAACAAAAGCAUGUCUCUGGAGCUAUCACUGGAAAUUAACAAAAAACUGCAGGCCGUAUUGGAGGAUACGUUACUGAAAAAUAUUACACUAAAGGAAAAUUUAGAUGUAUUGGGCUUGGAGGUGGACAAUCUAACUAGGAAAUUACGACAAAUGGAGGCCAAUCGUUAG